UAUGGAGGCUCACGGGGGAGUGCGGGUUGAUGUGCAGCCCGUGUUCUGUGCUGUUUCCUCGCUGUCGGUAGGGAGUUCCCCGGUGCUCGGUUGUGGGAACUGGUGCAGUGUAGUUGGAGGAAGGGCCGGCCGGUGUCUCACGGAGCCAUGUUUUCCUGCGAGUAUGUGACGCCGGAGCAGCUGGCGGGGUUCGACAAGUACAAGUAUAGUGCAGUGGACACCAAUCCAUUGUCUGUAUAUGUUAUGCAUCCCUUCUGGAACUCUCUAGUUAAGAUUUUACCUACGUGGCUAGCACCGAAUCUGUUGACGUUCUCUGGUUUCAUGCUACUAGUACUUAACUUUUGUACGUUGGCCUAUUUUGACUAUGAUUUUUAUGCUUCAGGUUCAAGUUAUAAACAUGUUCCGAGUUGGGUAUGGAUUGCUGCUGGUCUGCUGAACUUCAUGGCGUAUACGUUAGAUGGAGUUGAUGGGAAGCAAGCUCGCCGGACCAGCUCGAGCACUCCUCUUGGAGAGCUCUUUGACCAUGGUUUGGACAGCUGGGCCUGCAUAUUUUUUGUAGUCACUGUCUAUUCCAUCUUUGGACGUGGGGAGGCAGGUGUCAGUGUCCUCACGCUCUUCUUCAUUCUAUGGGUGGUGCUGUUCUCCUUCAUACUUUCCCACUGGGAAAAGUACAACACAGGGAUUCUUUUCCUGCCGUGGGGAUAUGACCUUAGUCAAGUGACAAUUUCAGUUGUGUACAUCAUUACUGCUGUAGUUGGUGUUGAAGCUUGGUAUGGACCCAUCUUCCUUAAUUUACAAUACAGAGACCUUUUCAGUAUCAUGAUUCUGGGUUGUGCCUUUAUUGUCACAUUUCCUGUGAGCUUGUAUAAUGUUUUCAAAGCAUAUAGGUCUAACACCCUGAAGCACCACUCCUUUUAUGAAGCAAUGCUGCCAUUCGUUUCACCAGUAUUGCUUUUCAGUCUCUGCACACUCUGGGUCUGUACAUCGCCAUAUGACGUUAUAGAGCAACAUCCAAGAAUAGUAUACUUUUUGGUUGGUACAGCCUUUUCUAAUCUCACGUGUAAGCUCAUAGUUUGUCAGAUGAGUAAUACUCGUUGUCAGCCCCUCAGCUGGUUUCUCCUACCAUUGGCUGUAGGUGUGAUCUUUGUAAUCUCUGGUAUCUUGCGAGACAAAGAAUAUCAUCUUCUCAUUAUUUUGACUACAGUAAUAACGCUUGCACACAUUCACUAUGGAGUAUGUGUGGUGAAUCAGCUGAGCAAACAUUUUAACAUUUACGUCUUCUCAUUGAAAAAACCAAACAUUGAAUGACAGGAGGAGGAACAGAAAAUUGGCUUGCAGGCUUCAGAAGUAUUGUAAAGAAUUGCUACCCCAUGAGCCUGUGAAUGCUUCAACCGUCACUGCAAACUGUACCCCACCACCAACAGUAGAAAACAGGAGAUUCAGAUGGUCCCUCCUAAGUAUUAAGUUUCUUUUUAUAAAGAGAUAUACUGAUAAAGGUUGAUUAAUUCAAUUAAGUAUGUAAAUAGACAUGAACUGUGCACAAAGGUUGUGUGCAAUUGGCUGGCACUGGUUUUUUUUGUGAUGCUCCUUUUCAUUCAAGUUCUGUUGUACCAUUUGGACUCUUCAAUUUUUAAAAUAGAUGGUAACUUGUAUCCAAGACAAUAGACGAAGAAACAUUUUCAUCUCACUUCCAGGUUGUAGAUUCACAAUCGUUCUUGAGCAGUGUGAUUUAUAUUUGCAUUGUUUCCUUUUUUUUUCUUCAACCUGUGUUAUGAAACAUAACUACAUCUCACUUAUUACACUGGAGACUGAAUGGUCACUUGCCUGUGUAGUCUGAGUAAAAUGGCCAAUUCUGGAAAUUGCACAUUUUCACAAAGAUGUAAUAGUAAUGAGGUCUUGUGUAUAUGAGUUUGCUAAAGCCCAUAUUAAAACCCUAUUUUUGCAAAAGCUGUAACUUUCUCAAGAGAAAUUGGAUGAAAAUAUAACUUAAGUGGACUUAUCAGAAACAAAUCAAAACCUCAAAUCAAGUUCAUGUUCUCACUUCUGUUUCAAUUUUUUUUGUGGUGGUGAAUGCAUGCCGAUUUUUCUACUAUAUAGCUUUUUUAAAUGUAAGUUUGUGCUUCAAUGAAGAGUAUACUAAAAGUCUCAGAGCAAGGUAUACUUGGAAGGAACAAGCAUUACUAGCAGUUUAUUCUACAAAACCAGAGGUUUUGUUCCUAGACUCUGUUUUAGGAAAAGCAAUUUAAUAUAUUGUGUGUAUUUUCAUUUGUAGCAGUUACACUCGGUUAAGAUGAGAGGGAGCGUAGAAGGGAUAGAAUGAUCAGAUUGUCAUGCUUCAUAGUAUAAGAAUGCACUUAAUUUAAUUUGGAUCCUUGUGUUAAAUACAGUUUUUAGUCAAUGGUCUUGUUUCCAUAGAGGUACUGUAUCUAUUCCUGGCAAAGAUUGUCAUAGUAAAAUAUUCCUAUUCAUAUCAAUCACUAAUUUCUGUUCAAAAUAUUUGGAUCUUGCAAAUAGAAUCCAUUCUAAUUUUUGAUGUCAUGCUAACUAGUUUGGAUUGACUCCAGCUUCCUUUUUUAAAAGCAACUUCAACUGGCCCAAAUUAAUUAUAACAAGAUUAAAAAUAAUUGUAUUGCAACUUACAUGAAAUACUUGCAAGGCAGGUGAGCUGAUUAUAAGUUACAACUCCAAGUAUUGCUGUGUACCAUAGUUCUAUCAAUAAUUGUCUGACUAUGAAUUGAAUGUUCUGAUUAAUAUCAUGGCAAAAUAUCAAAUCUAUUUUUCCUUUUUAAAUUACCUGUAGUACAAAAGUGAAGUUUGAAUCAAUUUGAUGUAUAUUGCCUCUUUGCAUCAUUUUACAAUUUUUUUUUCUUUUUGUAAACUUGAGUAAUCAUCUUAUCACUUAUUAUUUCACCUGCGGUUUGCAUGUUUUGUUUCUGAUAUUUCAUAUGUUGUCGAAGACUAACAACGGAUGAAUAAUUAAAGAUUUUAGCUUUAAUUCAGUCCGAUUAUGAUCUGAAAGUCAGAUUCAAUCGAAGAUGGUCAAAUUAAGUACUGACUUUCAACUAAAAUACAACUAAAAGCCUACUAGUGAUUCAUAUUUGUUGUUGUAAGGAAGCCAUGAUAAAUUGUUUGACCGAGUUUUUUUUUGUUUUAUUAAAGGGUGAAACUCCUAGGCUGAAUAUUGUUAGUUUUCUUAAUGUGUGGCUUCAGAUUGCAUGUAACUUGUGCUGCCUUUUUGCUUUUCAAUUUGUAGAAGAGAUGAUUCAAUCCUCAAAGUGCAUUAGUUCAAAUCAAUGUACAGUGAUCUGGCUGAUCCAGAAAUGUUUUUGACGCCACUGCCUCUUGCUUACAUACUAGGAAUUAAGUCCUUUAGCAACUUGUCUGUUUUUCUUUGGGUUUGGAAGUAAAUGUAAGAGAAAGAAACACAUUCUGUGCCAAUUCCAGAUUUGGUCUAAUUAUUUCUGGGUUCAGAUGCUAACUGAGUCAUGAAUUCAUGCAGAUGUAACUUUUAUUGAUUUAGCUGCUGAUGUAAUUACUGGAACAUUUUGUUAAGAAUGUGAAUGACCUUUUAUCAUACACUAAUAUUAGUGUUGUAUUUACAAUUUAAUUUGUUUUCUUUUCCAUCAACCCGGUUAGGUUGCCAGAAGUGUGACUGUAUCUAAUAGAAUGUUGGUUACUAAUUGUUUUGGUGUGUAACAUUUGAUAUGUGAACAUCUUUAUAUGGCUUUCAGUCGUUACGGGUGCAUAUUCUUUGAUUAAUUCCCCAAUGGCUGUUAUUUUGUACAGAAAUAUCAAAAUACAACUUUGCUGUUAAUUAAAAAAUAGAGCUAUUGUCCUAUUUAUGAAUUAAUGCACGGUUAAGGUAGUUGGAAGUAAUACUAUGAAUUCUGACUGACCGAAAAUAGAACUUGCUGCAGAUAUUCUGACAGCAUAAAUAGGUUCUUUGUAUACUGUUACUCAGACAGAUUACAAGAAUUGUGGUGAGGUGACCACAGUGUGCCUCUAGGUAUUACUGGAUUUUGCAAUUUUUGUUAUUUAAAUUCAUUGUACUAUUUGCAGGUUAUUACAAUCUCCACCGCCCCUUGAAUUAAAGGCUUUAAGUUCAGUUAUUCUGGAGAAAGUAGCGAAUAUUCUUGCACUUGGGUGACUUUUAACUUUUGUUCAUGAAAGUUAAAGAUUAGUAUUUUCACCUGCGUGUCUUGUGUUUUUUUUAAAGAGGUGACAGUGAAUGAAAUUUUUAAGAACUUUUAAAAAAGAUUUUGAUAUUUCUUGCAGGUUUCAUUAUUCUCCUUGGCCUUGUCAUGUAUCACCAUAGUUGAGGGGGGGGGGGGGGGAUGUGAUAAAACAGAACAGCUUAUCAACCUUGUCAGGUUUUCUUAACUUCAAAUGUUGGAUAGAGGGGCUGAUGGUCAAAUGUUGGCUUUGUUUACAUUCCUCUCUAGCACAUAGUUUAACUGUUAGCACUAAAGCCUGUAAAAAUCAUCUUGCAUAAUUAUGAAAUGAAUGCAAUAACUUUUAAUGCUUUUUUGGUUUUGGGUCUGGUGUGCAUGGUUAUGUCCAUAUUCCCUUAGUAUUAGAGAUUCUAUAUAGUCAAAAUGAUAAAUUAUUUCCACUCAAAGUUAAACCUUGACACAUUAUACUAGAUUGUGAAGUGCUUUUCACAUCUGCCACUGCAGUGCACUGUUAAUUCAACUUGCACACUAAUCAUGUUUGCAAGUUCAUACCAGGAUACAACUAUGUAGAAAUCUGUUUUCUAUCCUUUUGAAAGUGGAUUUGAUUCAUAUAGUUGAACUAUUUUGCUGCUCAAUUGCUGACCAUUUUUAAAUUUGGAAAUGAUUAUUUGAUUUAAUUAUGUGCAUGCUGUAUAAUUCAGAAGCCUGAUUACAGCCUAACAUUGUGAAAUUAUUUCAAUUGUUGUUACUUAAUCUCUUGUCCAAACAAUUAAUUAUUCAGAUUAACUCUUUCUGUUAGAUGUAUUCAGUAAUAUUGUACUGCCUUGAGUUUCCUUCUGAUACGGAAUGUUCAAGGUUGCCCAUUUUCUUAUUCACAAUGAAUUUACUGAGGAACAGGUGGGAUAUGGAAAAAGAUGGGCCAUCUCAUUACACUUGGAUGACAGUUAAAAGUGCAUCAAGCAGUUCGGGGUUGGUCUAGAUUUUUUAAAAAUCUAGUGAAUUUUCCUUGUCACUAACCAAUUUGAGUACUAUUGGAUGAGAUUGUGCUUUCACUUUGAGAAAGAAGUAAUAAUCUUAAAUGUUAAAACAAUGAAUUUUCUUUCCUGUAAGCCUAAAAUACCACUAUAGUUUGUAGAUGCCUUUAGGUGAAGCUUAUUUUUGGAGAACAUUGACAGAACUGCAUAAUUUGAUUUAAAACUUGUGAAUGUCUUAAAUUUUGAUCACUACCUGUUAGCUGAGAUUUAACAAUAAAAGUGAAAUGAACUUG